GGCGGUGGCUGGCGCCCACGACGGAGGCGCCGACGGUGAACCACAGAACCAGAGAGAAGAUGCUUCUGGAUGAGAUCCUGGGUAAUGGAACCUACGACAGGAAGAUCAGACCCUCCAGCAUCCAUAAGAAAGCCGCCAAGGAUGGUGACUACACUACAGUUGUCAUCAAUAUCAUGAUCCGGUCCAUUAACAAGAUUGAUGACUAUCAUAUGGAGUACAGCGUGCAGAUGACCUUCAGGGAGCACUGGAACGACGACCGUCUGAACUACAGCAGUGAGGGAGGUCGCAUCAAGUACCUGACGCUGACGGAGACAGACAAGAUCUGGAUGCCAGACCUGUUCUUUAAGAACGAGAAGACUGGCCACUUCCACGACAUCAUCCUCCCCAACACUUACAUCAGGAUCUUCCCAGAUGGUGACGUCCUCUACAGCAUCAGGAUAUCGUUAACGUUAUCGUGUCCAAUGGAUCUGAAGUUGUAUCCUCUGGACACCCAGUUGUGUGAGCUGCUUAUGGCUUCAUACGGGUGGACCACAGAGGACCUGGUGUUUCUGUGGGAGAAGAACGAGCCUAUCCAGGUGACGAAGAACCUUCACCUGCCCCGCUUCACCCUCGAGCACUUCGUUACUGAGUACUGUAACAGCAAGACCAACACAGGAGAGUACAGCUGUCUGAAGGUAAACCUGAUCUUCAAGCGAGAGUUCUCUUACUACCUCAUCCAGUACUACAUUCCCUGCUGCAUGCUGGUCAUCGUGUCCUGGGUGUCCUUCUGGCUCGACCAGUACGCAGUGCCAGCCAGAGUGGCACUGGGGGUCACUACACUCCUCACCAUGUCUACACAGAACGCUGGCAUUAACCAGUCUUUACCUCCUGUCUCCUAUACCAAGGCCAUCGACGUAUGGACGGGGGUGUGUCUUACCUUUGUGUUCGGAGCCCUGCUGGAGUUCGCGCUGGUUAACUACGCCUCGCGCUCAGACCUGCAGCAAGAUAAGGCAAAGAAGCAGCAGCAACAACAACAGCAGGAGCGCCGCUGGGACAUGGAGAACCAGGCAGCUGUUGAGGCCUUUGAAGCAGCAGCAGCUGCCAUGGCUGCCCACGACCACGACCAUGACCAUCACCACAACAACUACCUCGACGACAACCACAUAGCCGACUACUCUAGUCUGGUACGGGAUAGGAUGGAAAAUGGUGUUCCAGCCUUUGCUAUGAGGCCGCUGGUGGCCCCGUUCCGGGAGGUGGGUGGCGUGGGCCACCUGUGUGAGGUCCACCUUCAAGGUCCACGGACAAACUGCUGCCGGUCCUGGCUCUCCAAGUUCCCCACCAGGAGUAAACGCAUUGAUGUGGUUGCUCGCAUCACCUUUCCCCUAGUUUUUGCUCUCUUUAAUGUCGCCUACUGGAGCGCUUACCUCUUCCGUGAGGAGGAGAAGCAACUGUAG